AUGAAGACUGCCAGGCUCGAGCUGGUGCGCAUCACCAGCGAGCACCUCGAGGGCUUCCACGCGAUCUGGUCGAACCCGUAUACCGCCCGCUGGAGCAGCCGAGGAGCGUGCAAGACGCUGGACGAUAGCCGCGAAUGGAUGUCCGGACUGCUGCUGGAGAACAACCCGCUGGGCGAGAACUACGCCGUCCUCAUCCGCUCUGACCUGCCUGCCUCCGAGCUCGAGGAGAUCCAACGCGAUGCGCCGGCCGAUUCGCCCCUGCGGCCGGGUGGCAUGAUCGGGAGCAUGGGCACCUUUCGAUCAGACCCGGUGCCAGAGCUGGGCUACACCUUUCACCAGUCGGCCUGGGGACGCGGCUUUGCGACAGAGGCCGUCACAGCGUUUGUGCAGCUCUUCUGGGCCAACAAGCCGCAGUUCGAUGCGGUGGAGUCUUUCUGUGAUCCAGAGAACAAGGGUUCGGUCAAGGUGUUACUCAAGUCGGGCUUCGUGGAAGUCGAGCGACAGCUGGGCGUGUAUGAGGUACCGACGAUGACGCCCCCGAAGCGCGACCUGAUACGAUUUCGAGUGACGCGAGAGAAACCGAAUUGA